GUGUGGCCAUAUCGUCCUGAUAUUAUUAUAAAUUCAUCUCUCAGCUGGGAUGAUAAAGUGAAAUUUUACAGUGCUUGGACUGCUUUCCCAGAUUUUUUUCGGAAAUCUACAGCUCAGUGGUGGAAAAAAGAAAUUGAAGAAGUCUACAAUAACCCCACUAAUCAAUCACAAAGCAUAAAGUUUGAUGGCCUAUGGAUUGACAUGAAUGAACCUGCAAGUUUUGUCAAUGGUGCAGUUAAUGGUUGUAGGAACCCUGAACUAAAUAAUCCAGUAUAUAUGCCAGACAUUCUAGGAAAACAUGUGGGACUGAAUGAGAAAACCAUUUGUAUGGAAAGUGAACAAAUUCUGCCUGAUGGAAGCCCAGUUCGACAUUAUGAUGUCCACAAUUUAUAUGGGUGGUCACAAACUAAGCCUACCUAUGAGGCUCUGCAUAGUAUCACAGGGGAACGUGGCAUUGUCAUUUCUCGUUCAACAUAUCCAUCAAGUGGCAAAUGGGCAGGACAUUGGUUAGGUGAUAAUGUUUCAAAAUGGGAUCAACUUUACAAAUCCAUAAUUGGUAUGAUGGAAUUUAGCCUUUUUGGAAUAUCCUACACUGGAGCAGAUAUCUGUGGCUUCAAUGACAAUACAACAUAUGAAAUGUGUGCUCGUUGGAUGCAGUUGGGUGCCUUCUACCCAUAUUCCAGAAAUCACAAUGGCAUUGGAUUUAUAAGGCAAGAUCCUGUAGCUUUUGAUAAGAAAUUUGAAGACAUAUCCAGGAACGUGCUCAAUACCAGAUAUACUUUGCUUCCAUAUCUGUACACACUAAUGUAUGAGGCCCAUGCCCAUGGUAGCACUGUUGUGCGCCCUUUACUUCAUGA